CAAAUAAAGUCCAAACGCGUGAGAUAACCGGCGCGUCUUAUCUUAUCACGCGUUGAUUGGGCAGUUCGAGGGUUCUACGCAGGUUUACGACCCGCUGGCUACCUGGCCGGUGGUCAGUUUGCUGCCGGCAGCUUAACCGUCUGGACGCAGAAGUGCUCGAACAAGUGAUGCAGCAAUGAGUGGUGCGAACUGGAAACUUUCGAGUGCGGUACUGGUUUUGGUGGUGCUACAAGCAGCAUGGGGUCAGGACGGCGAACAUCACUGCGUGAUGUAUGGAGUGUGUAACCAAAUUGGGAUUCAUCAUCAGAACUGCCCGUCUAAUGAAACGGCGAAACCUUUGGAUCCGCAGCACAGCCUGUAUGAGGAAGCCGUUGCGAUCAUGAAGAGACGGUGCGGGUUCAUGUUUGAAGACGAAUCUACGCCACUGUGUUGUGAUCCGUUCCAGUUACAUCAGCUGGACAGCAACUUCAAGAAUGGUGAAGGUCUGUUUGGACGGUGUGAAACCUGCCUGAAGAACAUGCUGUUCAGUAUCUGCAACUUUGCGUGUAAUCCGGAGCAGAGUCGAUUUUUGACGGCGCACACCCACGAAAGCGGAUACUACGUGGACAAGGUCGACUACCGGAUAGAUCGGGAUCACGUCCACGGGGUGUACGAUUCGUGCAAGGGGAUAAUUCUUCCCUCGAGCGGAAAGUACGCCAUGGACAUCGCUUGCGGUGGCUGGGAAUCGACCCGCUGUACGGCGGAACGCUGGUUCGAGUACCUGGGCGAUGCGGCCAACAACGACUACGUUCCGUUCACGAUCGAGUACCACUUUGAGGAGGAUCCGGACGCGCGGUACAACCAGGACGUGCUGCACUGCGACCGGGCGUACAACGAUUCGAACAGCUGUUCGUGCGUAGACUGUGCCGAGAGCUGUCCGGUGUCGGAUCCACCGGAAGCGGCGAAGCCAGGCUUCCUGGUUGGUGAUCUGAACGGAGUGACGUUCGUGGUGGCGGUCGUUGUUGGCGGGUUCGGACUGGCAGUGAUCCUGGUUUCGUUGUUUGUCAAAUCUUCCAAGCGGUUGCCGGAGUUCCCAAAGUUCUGCGGCGGCUUCCCGUCGGUCAAUGCCGGACUGACCACGUUCUUCACACGCUGGGGAACCUAUUGCGCCGGCCACCCGGUACUGAUCCUAGCCAUCAGCUCCUGGGCGAUCGCUGGGCUCUGCUACGGGAUCAUCUUCCUGGAGAUCACGACCGACCCGGUCGAGCUGUGGGCUGCCCCGGAAAGCCGGUCCCGCAUCGAGAAGGACUACUUUGACACGCGGUUUGCGCCCUUCUUCCGCACGACGCAGAUGUUCAUCAAGCCGACCAAGCAGGACUACUUCGUGCACGAAACCCCCACCGGCAACGUCACUUUCGGUCCUGCUUUCGACAAAGACUUCCUGCUGGAGGUGUUUGCCCUGCAGGAACACAUCGAGCAGAUCGGCCAGGCGGAGGGAGCGGGUCUGGAGAAGAUUUGCUAUGCACCGAUGACGGCCGCCGGGAAGGAGACGGAACUGAGCGAGUGCACGGUUCAGUCGGUGUUUGGUUACUUCCAGAACGAUUACGACAAGUUCAACGCCAGCUAUGAGAAUUGGGACGGGUUUGAGAUCAACUACCUGAACACGAUCAACGACUGCACGAGGAAUGCCUACCUGCCGGCUUGUUUUGGUCCGUAUGGAGGGCCGGUAGAGCCGGGGAUCGCGGUUGGAGGCUUCCCGAAGCCGGCCAUGGGUGAGAGUCCGGAUUACCGGUUGGCAACGGGGGUGAUCGUGACGAUCUUGAUUAACAACAAGGCGGACAAGGAGCGGUUGGGACCGGCAAUGGAGUGGGAGAAGAAGUACAUUGAGUUUAUCGAGCAGUACCGGAAUCCGGCGAUGGACAUUGCGUACUCGGCGGAACGGUCGAUCGAGGACGGAAUCGACGCGAUGUCGGAGGCGGAGCUGUACACGGUGAUAAUUAGCUACGUGGUGAUGUUUGUUUACAUUACGAUUUCGCUGGGGAAGAUCAGCGGGCUGCGGACGUUCUUCAAGGAGUCGAAGAUCAUAUUGGCGGUGGGAGGGAUCGUGAUCGUGCUGGUGUCUGUGGCUUGCAGUUUGGGAUUCUUCGGGUAUUUGAGGCUGGCGACAACCAUGCUGACGAUCGAGGUGAUUCCGUUCCUGGUGCUGGCGGUAGGAGUGGAUAAUAUUUUCAUGCUGGUGCAUGCCUUCCAGCGGGUUGAUCGUGUCGAGACUCCGAAUACAGCGGAAGCAAUCGGAUUGGCGUUGGGACAGAUCGGACCGUCGAUCCUGCUGACUUCCGCCAGUGAGUGUUGCUGCUUCGCCAUCGGAGGAUUGUCCCCGAUGCCGGCUGUGAACACGUUCGCUUGGUACGCUACCGUAGCACUGUUUGUGGACUUUGUCCUGCAGAUCACGGCGUUCGUCGCGCUGAUGGCGAUCGACGAGCGGAGAACGGCAAGCGGCAGGUUGGAUCUGUUCUGCUGCAUCAAAGCCGACAAGGAGUCGUUCAAAGAGGAGCGAACCGGGAUUCUGGAGAAGCUCUUUGGCAGAUAUUACGCGCCGUUCUUGAUGAAGAAGUGCGUUCGCUUGUCGGUGCUGGCGAUCUUCAUCGUGGUGUCUUCCCUGUCGUUGAUGGUGGUUCCCAGCGUCGAGCCGGGCCUGGAUCAGGAGCUGUCGAUGCCGAAGGAGUCCCACCUGGUGAAGUACUUCCAGUUCAUGGCGGACCUCCUCUGGAUGGGACCUCCGGUGUACUUUGUGCUGAAACCUGGACUGAACUACACUCACGUCGACGAUCAGAACAUGGUCUGCGGUGGAGUGCUGUGCAACACGGACUCGGUGCAGACCCAGCUGUACCUGGCGUCGCUGUAUCCGGAGAUAACCCGAAUCGCUCGCCCCUCCUCAUCCUGGCUGGACGACUACAUCGACUGGCUGAGCAUUGACGGAUGCUGCCGAUACAACGCCACUGACGGAUCGUUCUGCAUGAGUACCAACACUGCCUGCCCACCAUGUCCGAAGGAAUUCGACGAUACCGGAGUUCGCCCAACCGUGGCACAGUUCGAGCGCUACCUGGAGUUCUUCCUGUCGGACCUGCCGGACGAUCGGUGCGCCAAAGCGGGACGAGCAGCCUACCUGACAGCUAUGAACUACGUUGCGGACUCGCAGGGUCACGUCAACGUGCACGAUUCGUACUUUAUGAGCUACCAUACGACGGUGGUCAAGUCGCGGGACUUUUACGAAGCGCUCGAGUGGGCGCGGAAGAUCACCGACGACAUUCAGGCGAUGCUGGACGAACAGGUACCGGGCGUGGAGAUCUUCCCGUACAGUGUGUUCUACGUGUACUACGAGCAGUAUCUGACGAUUUGGGGCGAUACGCUGCUUUCGUUGGGACUUUCGCUGGCGGCUGUGUUUGUGGUGACGUUCCUGGUUACGGGGCUGGACAUUGUCUUUUCGGCGAUCGUACUGUUGAUGGUGUUCUUGAUCGUGCUGAACAUGGGAGGGUUCAUGUGGCUGUGGAACAUCACGCUGAAUGCGGUUUCAUUGGUGAAUUUGGUUAUGUGCGUCGGCAUCGGCGUCGAGUUCAUCUCGCACAUCGUGCGCUCCUUCAAGAACGAGUCCGGCACGAACGUGCAACGAUCGGCGCUGGCCCUCACCAAAACCGGCAGCAGCGUCUUCUCCGGCAUCACGCUGACCAAGUUUGCCGGCAUCAUAGUACUAGCGUUCGCCAACUCGCAGAUCUUCCAGAUCUUCUACUUCCGCAUGUACCUCGGCAUCGUGCUGAUUGGGGCCGCCCACGGGUUGAUCCUGCUGCCGGUGUUCCUGAGCUAUGUCGGGCCGAGGUCGGUCAAGAGGGUGGCGGCGGAGGUGAAGACUUCUAAUGGUACAGAAUUUGUUCAACAGGAAGUUUCGGCACCAAAUGAAGACACUCUGCUAAGCAGUUCGUAACAUGUUUCAACAGUUAAUUUAUUGUGCUAAAAAUAAAACAAAAAUACUCAAAACGA